AUGGCAGGGUGCGCGGUUAUAUGUUUAUUUUCUUUCUUGGCGCUCUUUUCAAAAGCUCUAACAGCAGUGAUCCAAACACAGCAGACUGUGCUGGCAGCAGUGGGAGAAGAUGCUGAAUUCAGCUGUCAGCUCUUGGAGACUAAAGACGUCCUUCAGGUCACAUGGCAGAAGAUCUCACCUGCUGUGCAGGAGAAUGUUGCCGCCUACAACAAGUACUUUGGUCAGAGAGUGAAUGCUGGAUUUACAGAUAAAUUUAAGUUUAAAUAUACUGGACUACAGAACUGCUCCAUAGUCAUCAGGAAUGUGAUGGAGCAGGAUGAAGGCUGCUAUCACUGUCUGUUUAACACUUAUCCUGAAGGCUCUCUGACAGCGAGAACCUGCCUCCAAGUGUAUGAGCUGCAUGAACCUGUUCUUGAUGUCAGAGAGUCAAACUCUACUGCAGAGUGGGUUGUUUCCUGUUCAGCCACUGGUCGACCUGCUCCCACUGCAACACUCAGUGUCUCACAACAACACCUCAACUUCUCCCAGUACAACACUGUCAGUGUGUCCAACACCAACGCUACAUUCACUGUCACCACUACAGCUGUGCUCUCAGGUUCACGGAGAAACAGCACACAGGUGGGAUGUGCAGCACGAGUGCUCUCUGCUCCUCAGAUAGAGGUCAUUCAGGUCAUUCCUGUGGCCAAACAGAUGUCUGAUGAUCGUGAUGCCGAUUUGACGUGGAUCAUUGUGUUUGGUGUGGUGAUCUGUGUUUGUGUUGCUGUUGUUGUCAUCAUAUGUAAAAACAGGAAAAGGCGCUCUGAAAUGAAGGAGGUGGCCUGAUCUGCAAUCAAACACAGAGAUGACUGAGAUAUGAUCCAAACACCUUUAAUGAAGAAGCAGAGCGGCGGGAUCAUGAUGACACAGUUAUGAUAAAUGAACAAACCUUUAGUUUACAAUAUGAAGCACCUUCAGGCAACUGCUCUAGAUGUUUUUAAUUUAAUUAGAUUUUUUUG